AUGAAGCAUCUGGAUGAAGCACAGUGGGGUUUUCUUGCAAAGCGUAAGAUUUUUGUGAAGAACUUUAUAAACCAUUUCAUUAGUAAAUUUGAUUUUUACUUGAAUUGUACAUAUGAGUUCAUUCUCAAGAAUCACCUAGACAUACAUCAGAAGACUGUAUUUACAAAUAUUUUGCAUUAUAGUGGAAUUAUGAACUUCCUUUUGGAUACAAUGAAUGGUGUCCUAUAUUACAUAUUAUUAACUACAUUAAGUGUGGAAUUCCUAAUGGGAAAUUUAGGCAAUGCAUUCACAGUUUUGGUAAACGUUAUGCACUUGUUAAAGAGGAGAAAGUUAUCUCUCAUAGAUCUGAUCUUGACUACUCUGGCAAUUUCCAGAGUUGCUUUGAUUUUUUCACUAACUGUAAGUUUAUUUGUAUCUGAACAAUACCCAGACAUAAUAAUAACUAGAAGAAUUAUGAGACAAAUUUGUAUUUUCUGGACAGUAACCAAUCAUUUCAGUAUCUGGCUUGCUAUGUGUCUCAGCAUCUUCUAUUUUCUCAAGAUAGCCAAUUUUUCCAACUCUAUUUUUCUUCAUCUGAAGUGGAGAGUUAAAAAAAUGGUUUCAGGGACACUGUUGGCAUCUUUGUUCCUCUUGGUUUUAAACAUUUUAUUUAUAAACACACACAUUGAUCUCUGGAUUGACAGACUUGAAGCCAAUACAUUCUUCAGAGUUGUCUCAAGUAAUUAUUCUCAAGUUUAUAGUCACAUUAUACUCACAAACUCUAUGUUCACACUCAUACCCUUCACCGUGACCCUGACUGUGUCUCUCCUGCUCAUCUCCCUGUGGCGACAUCUGAAAAGCAUGCAGUACAACGCCAAGGGUUCCAGAGAUGUCAGCAAAGCGGCCCACAUAAAGGCUCUGCAAAUGGUGGUCACAUUCCUGUUACUGUACAGCAUUUUUUUUCUGUCACUUCUUUUGCAGUUUUGUAACAUUAAAUAUAAGCAGAGAAAUUCAUUUUGA